UUCAAUAUAUUCUCAUUUUCUUACAGGAAAUCAAUUCAAAUGUAAAAAAAAAAAUUAUUUAGAAGUUCCCUUGAAAGGCCAACAGAGAUAUAUUCCCAUAACGAUGUUCAGGUUGCUGCUGGUUCUACUGGUCCCCAUGGUGGUACAGUCCUCCCUGAAUCCAGUGGACUGUAAUGACAUCUACAAGUCAGGUUUUGGACAGAACGGGGUCUACACCAUCUACCCUGCUGGACCCACCUCACCUGUCCAGGUGUUCUGUGACAUGUCCAUUUAUAGCAAUGCAAAGUGGACGGUGAUUCAGAAAAGACAGGAUGGAUCAGUAAACUUCUACAGGAAGUGGGAUGAGUACAAGAGGGGUUUUGGAAGUGCAGCUGGAGAGUACUGGCUGGGACUGGAGACGAUGCAUCUCCUGACCAAGACUAGGAAGUAUGAGUUGAGAGUGAACAUGGAGGACUUUGAGGGGAAGAAGGUCUUUGCCCAAUAUUCCACCUUCUCUGUUGGACCAGAGGCUGAAGGGUACAAACUAACAUUAGGUGAUUUCAAAGAUGGAGGAGCAGGAGAUUCUCUAACUAAUCAAAACGGUCAGAAAUUUACAACGUUGGAUAAAGACCAGGAUUCUCACAGCGACAACUGUGCCCAAAUCUUCUGGGGAGCAUUUUGGUACAACCAGUGCCAUUACACUAACCCCAAUGGGAUAUAUGCAUGGGGUGAAUCCACCUAUGGUAUUGGGAUCAACUGGCUGACAUGGAAAGGCUAUACAUAUUCUCUGAAAACCAUUACCAUGAAAAUCAGACCAGUCACUGAACAGAAGUGAUUCAGCUUAACUGCAAAAAAACUCAAUACUUACAUCUCAUCAAUUCCAAUGCUAAACGUGGCCAACUUAUGCACACAAGUAGAAAAAAGCUUUAUUUUUCUGUGUAACUUUUUUGCCAUUUCAAUCUGUCUAUUUUUUGCCUUUUCAAUCUGUCUAUCAAUUCAAUAAAAUGUCUACAGAAUAGAA